AAAUCCUUGCUGCCCUCCCUCCUCCGACGCCGGAGGCCAUCAGAAACGCGCGUGCGCGCCCGCGCAACCACCACCACAACCCCUUUCCUAUCCACGUUCUCCGGCCUCGCUCCUACUGUCUCCCGGUCGGCCGCCCACCGGCCAUCGUUCGUCUCAUCCCAUGGGUGUUGGGGCGAUGGAAGCCUCUUCUCCGGCCGGCGACGACGUCGGCGGCACGGGCAUCGAGGACCUCCCGGCGGACGUCCUCGCCCUCGUGCUCCGCCGCCUGGAUGGCGCGUCGCUGGCGGCGGUCGGCUGCGCGAGCUCCGGCCUCCGCAGCCUCGCCACCGACCCGGCCACGUGGCGGGCGCUCUGCUUCGCCAUGUGGCCCUCCGUCCGCGACCUGCCCUGCACAGGCCGCGUCGACGGCGGUCACCGGGCGCUCUUCGCCGACGCCUUCCCCUUCCCGUGCUCGGUCUCCCCUCCCACGCCGCCGCAGCCCCUGCCCGCGCGCCUCGUGUCGGCCGUCGACCUGCGCCACGCGGGGGUCUGCGUCCUGUCGCGCGUCGUGGAGACGGACGCCGCCUCCGACUGGUUCCUGGGCGCGCCGUUCCGCGUCGACGCGCUGCUGCAGGAGGGCUUCACGUCGCCGGCCGCCGCGGCGAUCGCGCCGGCCGACCUCGAGCUCAGCUGGGUCCUCUUCGACCCGGCCACCGGCCGCGCGCUCAACGCGUCCAGCCGCCGCGCCGUGGCCGUCGACCGCAAGUGGCUCACGGGGGACACCGUGGCGCGCUUCGCCGUCGUGCUCGGCGGCGGCGUCGCGCUCGACGCCGCCGUCACGUGCGACGAGCGCCGCGGCCACGUCCGGGAGGUCAGCCUGCGCGUCGAGGACGCCGACGGCGCCGGCGUCAGCGGCAGGGACGGGCUGGCCGCCGUCGCCGCCGCCAUGGCCGCGCCCAGGCGGGGGUGCCGCGGCGCGGCGGAGGACGUGGCCAGGCUCAGGUACGAGGAGUUCGUCAGGGGGAAAAGGGCGCGCAAGGAGUCGAAGGCCAGGCGCGAGGGCAUCCUUGAUCUCUGCUGCUCUGGCGUCGGCGCCGCCGCCUUCCUCGGCUUCCUGGUCAUGCUCACGUUCCGGUGAACUCGUCCGAUUCGGCCCGCCCGGGCAUUCGGGCAUCGCGAACACCACAACCACUAGAGAGUGCCGUUGACAUGUACAGUGUAGUUCAGGGAAUGUGAAUAUGAUUGGGUUGUAGGUUAUACGGUCGCCUGUCAAACAACAGGGAAAGUCAGCAUCAUAUCUCUCUUUUUUUCUCCUUUUCCAGAAAGCGAAGUUAAUAAGAAUUAAAAAAAAACUUCUAGAAUCUCAGUGCUGUAAUUUGUCCACGCCAAAGCACAUCAAAUUCCAACGUUCUUGAACAGGCUAGUUUUACUUCCGCUUCUCACACUGCCAACACGGAUAUUUGGAACCAAGGGACCCCACAGAUACUACCAACCAUUCCUAUAGUACUCUACACCAAUACACUAACACAAACCUAUACAAUAGUACGGGAAGGGAAGCAUGCAAAAAAGUCAAAGGAAAAUUACAGGCACAUUCUUGCCACGAGCCAGAAAACUCCCGACAAGACUAAGCAAGCAGCCUAUACAAGUGAUCUCUGCAAUUCCCGGCACACCAGAUCAACGAACUCGUCGCUCUGUCAGGCAUUUGGUGAGAGUUAGAGAAAAUGAUGAUACCGAUCCAAAACAGUUGUACCCUGUAUGUUUUCAGUGUGGACAAUUU